AUGUACCUGCUAACAAGAAAGAAGCUUUCCUGGGCAGAGUGGGUUUCUGGAGACAGCAUGUUCUGGGUCACAGCCAGCGUGAGAAUCCUGUCAGGUGACCUGAAAGAAGAACUUUUUAAAGCGUGUUUGGCUUACAUGGUGUAUGAAACAAUCUUUAUGUAUGGAAUAUCAUAUCUUGCAUCGACACCGGGAGGAAGUUCAGCCGCGUUUAACGGAGAACAUAGACACAACCUCUCACAACAUAUUUUUCCAAGUUGUGCUUGUGCCUUUUUGGACAAUGAUCCUGCCUACGAGUGUUGUUCCUUAAAUCCCCUGAUGGGCUCCCUUUCCGCAUGUCGCCGCAGCCCUCGACUGCUUUCUAAUGGUUAUUACGUUUUGACAGAAGACAGUUUUCUGUCCGAUGAAGAAGGCAACAUAACACUGACACCAUCCCAGACAAGUGUUACAUAUAAAGAGAAUUUAGUUCGUGUAUUCAGGCGAAGGAAGAAAAUCCGUCGCUCUCUUGCCAGCUUGUUCAACCUCAGUGCCUCCAGUUCAUGGCUGAGCAGCACCGCUCUCAGCAAUAUGGAUUCCUCCUAUGCAGAUGAUCCUUGGCCUGAUGGAUGCAGUAAACUAGAAGCCGGUCAGAGUGAUAUUGAUGAUGUAGACUUUUCAUCUGGAUAUAAUAGCCAUGUGCCACAAAGGCAAACUCCAGCCUCUUAUGGAUCUUCUUCCAUCAAAGAUGAGGGACUUCUUCAGCCUGGGAAACCAUUUUGUGCUUCGCAGUCCUACUCUCCAUUUACGAUAAAUGCAAAUGAAGACACUUUGAGCAAUGCAAAAUCCAGGACAGUGAGAAAUGUCUUUUCUCAAGUGGUUGCACUGAUCAUGUGUUUUAUCAUUUCAAUAUGUACAAGAUAUUUUAUGGGAAGAUUGUCUGCCACUUUGUUGCUGAUAAUUUUAGUUUUUCUUUUGUCCCAAGAUGCUGCCGUGUUAUCCUUCUUCAGUCUUGAAACAUUUUUCAAAACAACAAAGUUUUG